AUGACGUCCAUGGCAGCCGAGUCGGUCGCCACGAUUGUGUGCACCUCGAAACAAACGCGAUUCGACAUAAUCGCGCCCAACUAUCGCGAGCUCGAUGUUGAAGGUCUCAACAUAACCGUCAGCGCGGGAUCUCGGGCGGCGGACGCCAAGGGCAAGGGCAAGUCGAAAAACCAGGGUAUCGAGAUUCUCAGCAACGCCAAACUGAGGCUCAAGGCUGGUCAGAGAUAUGCUCUGGUCGGUCGAAACGGGACGGGCAAGUCGACACUGCUCAAGGCCAUAGCAGAGAAACUUAUCCCUGGUAUCCCUGAGGAGACCAGAGUCGCCAUAUUGCAGCAAACAGACGCAAGCAGCAACAAUUCAACCGAGUCUCACGAGAGUGAAAGUAUCAGCAAUUCAGACGGCCCAGACGUUCUAGAAGAGGUCAUUGAGCGUGCGACUGCACGUCAAGCGCUCCAAAAGGAAAUAGAUGUCUUGUCUAGGGGUAUAGACAGUACGAAUGCCCAUGGCGCCUUGCGCGGCCUCCGCAAAGUCCGUCAUGAGAGGCUUCAAAAGGAGCUGUUCCUGAAGGACAAGGAUGCCAGGCUCCGAAGUGGCGCUCGCGGAAUGCAGGCACGAAAGGCUCUAAUCGCCAUGGAAAAGGAGGUGGAGGCUUUUGAGACAGUGUACCAGGAGAAAGAUCAAGACAUUACUCCAGAAGCUCUCGCCAGAGAGACCAGCGAGGCAGCAGAUCUCUUGGCCGAACUUGAGCUCCAGCUUGAGCCGGCCAAGGUUGCCGAGGUAGAGUCUCGAGCAAAAAAGAUUCUCACGGGUCUUGGAUUCACCGAGGCAUACAUGCAAAAGCCAGUAUCAAGUCUCUCGGGUGGAUGGAAAAUGCGCACAGCUCUAGCUGCUGCACUCUUACAGGACACGGAUAUUUUGAUCCUUGACGAGCCGACCAACUUCCUUGAUCUAUUUGGUAUCAUGUGGCUUCAGCAGUACCUGACAUCAUUGGCUGAUGGUAAUGAUCCGCCAACCCUCAUCCUCGUGUCGCACGAUCGCGACUUUACCUCACUCUGCACCGACCUGCUCAUUGUCAAGGACAAGGGCUUGAACUACUUCCACGGAGAUUUGCCCAUGUACGAGUCCAGUCGAGCAGAGAAGAAGCUCUACCUAACCAAGAUGAAGGAGGCAAAGGAUAAGCAAAAGGAGCACAUUCAGCAGACCAUUCAAAAGAACAUGAAGGAGGGCAAGGCCAAAGACGACCAAAACAAGAUUCGACAGGCCAAGUCCCGGCAAAAGAAGCUCGAUGACCGAUUCGGCAUGGAGGUGAAUGCCAAGGGCGGUCGUUUCAAGCUGAACCGGGAUCGGGAGGGCUACCAUUUAUCAAGCCGCUCAGAUGUCGAGAUACCGCAAGACGAGAAAACCGUUCAGAUCUUGCUUCCAUCGCCUCCCGACUUGCGCUUCCCUGGUCCUCUGCUAUCACUAGAAAAUGUCUCAUUCCGUUAUCUGACCACCAAGGGUAGCAGAACUCUCGCCCCCAUUGUCUUGAAGGGCAUCACUCUCUCUGUCAGCAUGGGAGAUCGAAUCGGGAUACUGGGGCUCAAUGGAGGAGGCAAGUCCACACUGAUUAAACUCCUCGUGGACGAGAUGAAACCCACAGCUGGGACUAUUUCCAUGCAUCCUCGAUUGAAGCUGGGUUAUUACUCUCAGCAUGCCGUCGAAACGCUACAGAAGAUGGGUAGACAGGAUCAAACAUUGACGUCCUUGGCUCUCUUGACAAAGGAGGUAUCUGGUGAGCUCGAUGAAGGCGAGGUCCGCGGCUUCUUGGGCGCGCUGGGCUUGCCUGGACGAGUUGCAUCAGAUACGCCCAUUUGCAAACUUUCGGGUGGGCAGCUCGUCCGGCUGGAACUGGCACGGCUGCUGUGGAAGUGUCCACAUUGCCUCGUGCUCGACGAGGCAACAACACAUCUAGACUACGAGACCGUCACAGCGCUGAGGGAAGCGCUGAGGGACUGGGAGGGCGCAGUGGUUGUCGUCAGUCACGACCGAUGGUUUAUGCGCGGAGUAGUCGAGGGGUUGGUCGACGACGAAGAUAGUGACGUCGCGGACAAUGACGAUGAUGCAGCGCCGAGGCGGCGGGUCGUAUAUCGGCUCAAGACCGGCGAACUGUGUAAGCUCGAGGGCGGAGUACAGGAGUUUGAGAAUAUCAUGGAGAAGCGGGUACGCAAAAUGGUGGGCUCUGCGUGA